AUCAGUCGCCUCUGCUUCUUGUCCAAGAAAACCUUCUUCAUAAAUAUUCCCCCAAAAGAAAACCUCGAAAUUAAUUCGACAAUGGCACCCGAACCAGAAGACGAGAUCAAGGACGAGAAGAACCCUAGGCCUCUCGACGAGGACGAUAUUGCUCUCCUCAAAACCUAUGGCUUGGGACCUUAUUCGACCAGCAUAAAGAAAGUUGAGAAGGAAAUUAAGGAGAUGGCGAAGAAGAUUAAUGAUUUAUGCGGUAUCAAGGAAUCUGACACUGGUUUAGCUGCACCUAGCCAGUGGGAUCUUGUAUCUGAUAAGCAAAUGAUGCAGGAGGAACAACCUCUUCAGGUUGCAAGAUGUACGAAGAUUAUUAAUCCAAACACUGAAGAUGCAAAGUACAUUAUCAACGUGAAGCAAAUUGCAAAGUUUGUUGUUGGAUUAGGCGAUAAAGUUUCACCUACUGAUAUUGAAGAAGGCAUGAGAGUCGGCGUCGACCGCAAUAAAUAUCAAAUUCAGAUUCCUCUGCCUCCAAAAAUCGAUCCAAGUGUUACGAUGAUGACUGUGGAGGAAAAACCUGAUGUUACCUACAAUGAUGUUGGUGGGUGUAAGGAGCAGAUUGAAAAGAUGAGAGAGGUUGUCGAGCUUCCCAUGCUUCACCCUGAAAAAUUUGUGAAGCUAGGGAUCGAUCCACCCAAGGGUGUACUGUGCUACGGUCCACCGGGCACUGGUAAAACACUGUUAGCCAGAGCUGUGGCUAAUAGAACUGAUGCAUGUUUUAUUCGUGUUAUUGGAAGUGAGCUUGUCCAGAAGUAUGUCGGUGAAGGAGCUCGUAUGGUUCGUGAGCUGUUUCAGAUGGCACGUUCGAAAAAAGCUUGCAUCGUAUUUUUUGAUGAAGUGGAUGCCAUCGGAGGUGCACGUUUUGAUGAUGGUGUGGGUGGAGACAAUGAGGUCCAGCGCACCAUGCUUGAGAUUGUUAACCAGCUCGACGGAUUUGAUGCCCGUGGAAAUAUCAAAGUACUAAUGGCGACCAACAGGCCCGAUACUCUUGAUCCGGCACUGUUACGUCCUGGAAGGCUGGAUCGUAAGGUGGAGUUCGGACUACCUGAUUUGGAAAGCAGGACACAAAUAUUCAAGAUUCAUACACGAACAAUGAACUGCGAGAGGGAUGUUCGUUUUGAACUUCUUGCUCGUCUUUGCCCCAACUCUACUGGAGCGGAUAUAAGGAGCGUGUGCACUGAGGCAGGAAUGUAUGCAAUUCGAGCGAGGAGGAAAACGGUGACGGAGAAAGAUUUCUUGGAUGCCGUGAAUAAAGUGAUCAAAGGGUAUCAGAAAUUCAGCGCAACUCCGAAAUAUAUGGUUUACAAUUAAUUUUACCGUUUUCCGUUGUAUCUGAAUAUUGAAUUUCGUGUUUGUAAUAUGGCAGUAAUUAGGUUGGAUUUUGUCACUUGUUUGUUUACCUGAUAAAACGCUGCAACACAUUUGUUUUCUCAGUUGCAAACUUUUCUUGUACUGAUUUUUUUAUUUCAGUUUCAAUUAAACCUUUUCAAUCUAUUAUUAUUCGAUGUUUGA